AAAACUUUCCGUUUGAACUUCAAUCCGAUUACCUAACUCCAUUCUCUGUUCGUUUUUAGUUUUUAUGUUUGCCUAUUUGCUUCGCCAUCUAUAAAAAGUGUUAUCACAUACAGGCAGAGUAUCACUCGCUUUCCACUCUCUCUCAACCAUAUUAUUGCUCUUUUCUUUCUUUUUGUGAUGACUCAAAGAGUGCCUCGCCAUGUUAGUCCAUAUGCUCACGCACCGAAGAUAUUUGGUUUGAAAUUUAAAAUAGCCUCAAAAGUAUUGCUGGUUUUUGAGUCAAUACUUGGAAAAUUAAUUUUGGUAUUAUCGAUUUGCUCGCUUAUUUAUGCGCAAUCAUGGUAUCCUGUAUUCCUCAACUUUGCAUUUCUAUUUUUUAUGUUAUUUGCCAUAAUCACAUACAACUUGUGUCUAUCGAAGCAAUCACCUAUUUUUUCGUAUCCAAUGUUAUCAUAUCAAUUGGUUACAAUGUUUUGGUUGUUCAUUUGGCUUUAUUCGGCUCUAAAUGCGGUCGCUAGCGGAGUAAUGUGGUCGUUAGAGUCUUUGGGAGGCCCUUCAACAAGCAGAAUUCGUACUUCCCAUAACAUAAAAGACUCAAACUACGCGAAUCCAAAUGAAACCCAUCCUGAAACAGCCAGAGCAAUCAAAUACGGUGCAAUUAUCUCAGCUGUAUGUGUCAUCCUGAUUUGUCUAAAAAUGUUGGCAUUCAUUGUGGCUCGACGGACGUAUUUUCAAGUUCUCAAAAUGCAGCAUGAAUCCAUUGAGCAAUCUGUUCAGGAUGAGACAUUCGAUGGGACUGAAAGUGAAAUUUCAAAUAUUGGUGGCACCUCACCAGCAUACCCUGUAGCCUAUAGAAAUAGGCCACCAAAACCAAAGAGAAUGGCAAUUCUAGAAGAAGCACAAGUUGAAGAGUAUACACCGGAACCUUCUCCUGCUCCAAGAAGAACAGUUAAGAAUCCAGUUCAUCAAUCAGAUGCAAGUCUUGCAUCCAAGUUUAAUUCAUUGUCAAGAUUUGAAGAAUCUGCUUUUUGAUUCUAGUUAUUUUUAUGUUAUUAGACAUGGUGUCAGAAUGUCCCAUGUGAAGAUCUACGAGAACGGCAGGAAUUUAGGCGCAGCCUUUUCAACUAAUUUCUCAUAGUUAAGAACGUGCUGACGUCACAUUUUUUAGGAAAAAUCCCGCAUUUUCUGUAGAUCAAAGCGUAACGGGGGAUCCUGACACCACGUGUUAUUAUUAAACUCUAAUACUUGUUUGAUUUGAACUGUUGAACUGACGACUUGAGCAUUGUAUUUAGCAUGCUAUAGAACUGAUGUCACAUGAUUUUUGUUUUUUAUGGAACGAGGGAGCAAACAAAUGAAUAAAAUAAAUUUCGAGGUUAUC